AUCAUGUUAGUUGUGAAUUGGUCCACCUGGAGCCAUUCAGGGUAUGAAUCAUUUUAACUGUAUCCCAGCUUAAUCAGGGCAGUGGAGUGAUUAAAUGCCUACCCUUUAGGUUUUAAGCUAAGCAGGGCCCCUUUUACACUGAGGCCAGGAGAAAAAUCAUCUCUGUUCAGAAUCUAGGAACUAUGCUGGAUCAGCCCAGGGGGCCAGCUGGUCCAGUGUCUAGUCUAUGAGAGGGACCAGAACAGAAGCCAAAGGCUUCAGGGGAAAGGGCAACCCGCCCCCUCCCCAAAAGCUGACAGUGAUGAGCCUGCGAAGACUUUUUUCCCCCAAUGCAAAAUUGUUCCGGACAGCUGCAGCCUGGCUCUGCCUAGUGACCCUGAGACGGUUCAGCACAGCGAUUUCUCCCCGUCCUGGAAGUUGCCUCAUGUGAGCGGAGCCAGCGGCCCUGACCCACCCCUGGCUGGGGCUGCCCUUUGUUCCGGGGCCCCAGAGCCAGCAGCUCCGCCUGGGGGGCUUCGCCGCAAGCCGGGACUGUUUUCGGUGGAUCAUUUCGAAGCGUCGGUCCGUCCGGGAGGGUGAGAGCUGGAGCUGCCUCUCGUGCGCUCCACCUGCCUGCGCCCUUCACUGAUCGCCCCCUGCACCACGAUGACCAGAAGAGAGCCCGGGGUGCCUUCGCCCCACCUCCCGCAGGGGCCCGCACGCGCUGUGGUGGGCGGCGGGCUGCAGCCCGCGGGCCCCUGUCCAGGCAGCGGGUCUUUACCGCGCUAGGACUGACUGUGCGCUGGGCGUGUUUCGGCGGCUCGCCCUCCGGCCAGCGGGCCGAGCCCUGCCCAGGAAACCCUCCCACCUGUCGCGGCCAGCGCCCCGCUCUGCCCUGCCGGUGCAUCGCCAGCGUGUGUGCGCGGGGGGAAGAGACUCCCCUGCUGAGCAACUUCCCUCCUCCCGCCCGGGCUCCCCUGGCAGCGGCAGCAUGGCGUGGGGCGAGCUCAACUUGCUGCUCUACCUGGCGCUCUUCUUCCUCCUGCUCCUCCUCCUCGGCCUUCUGCUCUUCCUGCUCAUCAAGCAGCUGGAGAACUCCGUGGCCAGCGCCGGGGCUCUGCAGCCGGGCCGCCCGUCCCUGCGGGAGCCCUGGGGCUCGUGCCGCGAGCAAGCCCUGUGAUUUCGGGGUCCGGGCGCAGUCCGGAGACAGGGGGGGUGUCCCCGCUGCAAGAUGUAGCGUCCCUGCUGCCGCCCAGAGCUUGCCUCGCUCCCUGGGCGGUCUGGGGAUCGCAGCCCGCCGUAUUUAAGGGAGAGCAGUAAAGUUUGGCCUGAGCAAGUUGGAGCUCCGAGGUGGCCCAGGGGCUGUCCCUGCAGCUCUGUAUGGGACACAUGGUCCCGCGCCCCGGGGCCGAGCACUGUCGGCAGAGGCCACCUAGUGUUGUGCUCUGCUUUUGCUGGAGAAUGCAGCGUCUGUGGGCUGCGGUGAAGUAGUUUCCCACGGGAGCGGGGAAAUUCCUGCUGUGUCUGUGGUGUGCGAGGAGGGGCUGUCAGCCCAGGGAACAGAGCGCAGGCUAAGCAGCUGCUGGAAAAGAGGCAUCACACGCUUGGUGAAGUAUUUCCAUCCAUGUGCUGUGAAUGGCUUCUGGCCACUUUUAGUUUUUGAGAUCGAUGACUAGAUUAGUGGAAAAUUACUCGUAUUCACGUCCUGACAACGGGCAGAGCUACCGCACAGUUCCUGUCACUGCUUUCUGCCCUCUAGUGCAGUUGAGCAGCAGAGAGGAAACUUCUGGGCCACAAGUCCUCACAAAAGGAUCAAGUACCUCGUUUUCUGCAUAGCAGCCUCAAACACGGACACAUUCAUCUUCCCCUUGUGAAAUACCUGUUGGUGUAAGCACUCUGUUGCUAUUCAUCUGCAAACGUCCUCCACUUUUGAUUCUCUCCCAGCUGCUGCUGCCUUUAAUCUAUCAGUCUCUCUCAGUACAUAACAAAGGAGAAAAUGUGAUGAUAAAAGCCUCAAUCCCGAAGUCUUUACUCAAGGGGAAAAAAUCCUAUUAGGCCAGAUUCAUCUGGGAAAUUAUUUUGGAUUUGCACUGGCAUAAUUGAGAUUAGAAUUAGAGCUGUUUGGAAAAUUCUGAAAUUUUUCAACAAAAAGGGGAUGCACUUUUUUGCAAAUAUUUUAAUGAAAACA